UUUUACGCGUAAGCAAAAACAGCCCAUUAUCUUUUUCUAUCGAGCAUUCAAUGCGACUUUGAGAUUAUUGUAUCGAACAUUCGACAAUCACAAAACUUGGCGUUCUCUAGGUGAAGUGAUCGAUUUUGUUUGCGUUCGAUAAAAGCGGUUCUCUGAUAGCACAGCGGUAUAGCGAGGAAGUGAUUCCUUGAACUUCUUAUCAAUAAAAAGUUUGCGUUUGAUAGACGUAAUUACUCGUAAUGUUGGCUUUGGCAUGUCUCUGGAGAUAUUAAAACAAGGUGCCGAAGGACGACUAUACAUUAGUGAAUUUAAGGGAGAAAAAUGUUUAGUAAAGGAACGUUUUGUGAAACGCUAUCGACAUGCAGAUUUGGAUGCACAAAUUACACGCCAACGAAUGAAGGCCGAAACCAAAGCUGCGACUCGGUGUCGAAAUGCGGGAAUAUUGGUACCACAUAUCUUGUAUACCGAUCUGAAUGAGCGUAAGAUUUAUAUGGAAUAUUUUGAAAAUGCUGCCACAGCCAAAGAGUAUAUUCAACAAGUUGUUUGUGAAUACCAGUCUCAUAAUGCGGAGGCACUACUAAGAAAACUUAGUACUCAGAUUGGUUCCAUAAUUGGGAGGCUACAUGCAAAUAACAUUAUUCACGGGGAUUUAACCACUUCAAACAUUCUUAUAAAUCCCAAAGUCGAUCAAAAUGAUGACUUGUACGAUGUUAUAUUUGUUGAUUUUGGGUUAAGUCAUUACAACCAAAGCGCAGAAGAUAAAGGCGUUGAUUUGUAUGUUCUUGAACGAGCGCUUCUUAGCACGCAUAGUGAACAGCCAUAUUUAUUUGAGUAUAUUCUGGAAGCAUACCGUAAGGAAUGUGGCAAGGAUGAAACCAUGGUGGUCGCGAAAUUUGAAGAAGUGCGAGCGCGUGGGAGAAAACGUACUAUGAUUGGAUAAACGUCCGUUUAUUUGUCAUGCAACUUUGAAUCAUAUGCCUAUUUCGUACACAAAAUUUUAAAGCCAUUAUAAAAUCUAGAACUUUAUAUCAACAUAAUCUGUAAUGAAAAUUGGCACUUGAGCGUGAAAUGUAUUUAAUUUAUACACUAAUAAAGCAAUUACACAGUAAAA